CAAGCAUUAAGAGCCACCCAACCGUGUUGUCAUGCCGUCUUGAGUUGCCCAGAAUCUCAAAUAACAUUUUGUCUUUAGUGAUUUACUUGAUAUAUCGAAACACACCUACGCUAGGGUUGGCAAACAAAGUUGGCUGCUACUAAAUGUGGUGCGAAUAAAAGUGUCGCAAGGAGUAUAGCCAUGAGGCAUCCCUCGAGUGGCAGUGGGUUGAUAUUGUCGAAUACAUAAUAGUGAAAUUAUAAUUUGCUCAUAGAGUACCAUCAUUGAGUAAUUAUUAUGUUGGUUCACGCCAAGAAACCUCUUAGAUUCAGUAGUCAUGUGACGACAUUUCCUCUUUUAGAAGAACAGGAAAACAUCGAAUUGGAUUCUUUGGAAAAUGGGGAGGAAGGAAAUCUUAUGCAGAAUGACGAAAGAGAGGCAGAAGCAUCCCCAGAAACUGAUCAACAUCUCCCAAAAUAUCUCAACUUGAACAAUCUUUGCAAGAAAUCAAAACAAAUAAGUGAAUGUUACGUCGAAGAAAUUGUAUUAGCUGGAGAGUCCGUCAAGUCUCUUUCAGACGUGCAAGUUCUGAGUUUAAGGUCGAAUGGAAUUCAUAAUUUUCCAAGUAGUGUGCUGCAACUGACAUCUCUCACAGUUUUGGAUAUUUCUGAUAAUGAACUCUUGACUCUUCCGCCGGAAAUCAGCCAAUUGAAAAAUCUGCAAGAACUGGUGUUGGAUCAGAAUCUGCUUAGUAUUCUUCCCUCGACCAUAUGGGAUUUGAAGAGGUUGAAAGUGUUGAAGGUGGCAUGUAACAGGAUUACUGUGCCUCCAGACAAGCUGCUGGAUAUGAGGUCUUUAGUUUUAACGGAAACAGAACAGAAAAUCGAAAACUCAUGGAAAAAUAACUGUAUUUCUAAUCUCAACCUACGAUCUAACCGACUGAAAGGAAAUAUAAUUCUUGGAAACUACGGAGUAAGGUAUUCUUUAAUAAUUUUCACGAAUGAUUCUAAAUUAUCCAAUUUUUUUCAGAAUCUUAUUGAAUUGGAUGUGAGUGAAAAUAAUAUCGAACAUCUGGACUUGAGUGCUUUAGAGCAAUUGCAGAUCGUGCAGUGUUCCAGAAAUUCCUUAACCCAAUUGAUAAUCUACGGAAAGCAGUUGACCUCUCUCAUAGCAGGGAAUAAUAAGUUGAAAUCUCUUGCAGUCUCCUAUCCUCCAACGAAUCUCAGGCAUAUUGAUGUUUCUUACAAUGAUCUCGAUUCGCUACCAGAAUGGCUGGCAGGGUGUUCAGAAGUUCAAUGUAUCUUUGCCAGCAACAAUAAUCUACAGACACUUCCUGAGCAUUUAUUCUGCAACGAAAUGCCUUACCUGCAUACCCUCCAACUGGCCUACAACCAACUACAAAUGCUGCCAACGAUUCAGCGGAAGUUACCAAUACAAGAACUGUUUCUUCAGAACAACAGUCUCUCAAAUCUCCCGAAGACCUUGUUCAAAUAUAUACCCGACAUGAAAGUCCUCAAUCUUUCCAACAACAGACUGUGUGAUCUACCAAUACCCGAUUCAGUGUUGCUUUUGGAGAAAUUCUUCUUAACCGCCAACUGCCUUAUAGAUCGCUCGUUGGAGAAUAUGACUCCAUACUUGAGAAACAUACGGAUGCUUCAUGCAGCUUAUAAUAAUUUCACAUCUCUUCCAGAGGGUUGCGUGCUAUAUUGGACCGAGAUAGAAGAGAUUGUUCUUUCUGGAAACAAAUUGUUGAAAUUGCCGAACGAUAUUCAGAAUCUGAAACACCUGACAGUCCUAAGGGUGCAUUCGAAUCUCCUUCAGACGAUACCCAAGCUAUCAAGCUUGACUUCGUUAAGAGUCUUGGACUUGGCACAUAAUCAGUUGGACAGAAUAGACCUAAAAGAUCUUAUACCGCCCAACCUGAAAUUCUUGGAUCUUUCUUGUAACACGAAACUUCACGUCGAUUCUCACCAAUUCAAUACUUACAGGACGCAAAGACCUAUGAGUUUGGUAGACGUUUCUGGUAAAAACCGCACAACGCUUCCGUUGACACCUUCUCCGUUUUGUGAAAAUGAUCUGACGGAAUAUAGUUGGAGCGUUGGAUUCUCAGAAACUUCUGGAUGCAAACAGAAGCUUUAUAUCUCUCAAAUAAGGUUACCAGCCUUCUGUAAUACUGAAGCUCUUUUUGGUAUGUUUGAUGGCGAGAAUAAUAACAGUGUACCUGUUGGUGUGGAUAAAGUAGUUCCUAGGAUAUUGUUAGAGGAAAUAACCGUCAAAGAAACUGCUGCAGAUUAUAUGAAAUAUACCAUGCUUUCUGCCCACAGGGAGCUCAAAGAUAAGGGUCAAAAACAAGGAUUGAAUGCAAUUAUAGUCCAUAUUCUGAAGACCAAACAAACUCCUGAGUACUCGUUUUGCGGUGGACCAAGAAAAUACAUUAUGAAGAUAGCUAGUGUUGGAGAUAUCAAGCUGAUUUUAGGGAGAGCAGCAGGGCCGGUAAAGCUUCUCCCAGUUAAGCAGAGGAAGCAGAUAAGAACGAAUCCACAGUUCCAGUAUACAGUUCCAGAUCCAGAUUUGACUGAUGUCUUUUUGGACGAAGAGUAUGAGUACAUGAUUAUAGCAAAUAAAACAUUAUGGGAUGUCAUCAGUCCAGAAAAUGCUAUUCGGGAAGUCACCUUGCAGAGGAAUGUCAUACUAGCAGCUAAGAGGUUGCAAGAUUUGGCUCAGAGCUACGGUGCUGAGGAAAAUUUAAGUGUAAUAGUCGUCAAGUUCAACAUCUUGAGUACUGACGUCGACUUGCUCAUGAGGGAGUUGAGGCAAACGUUCAAGAAGAGCAAAUACCAAAGUGAAAGUAGUUUCUCUUCCAGCACAACUUGUCAGCCUGGUUGUUGCUGCGAAGCUUUGAACAACGAAUGUGUGAAUUGCAUAGGGAAGUUACUAAAUGAAGAUAGAUCAUCACCAAGUGGUCAGAGUGAUCAUAACUGUAGUGAUUGCAACUCUUCGGCAAAACUGUUCAUAAGCCAACUGAACAAACAAAGUGAUUCUUCAAGCAGAUCAGUCAGGAGUGUAACUCCAUCAAUCUUUGAGAGUGUGGGUGUAAAAGCUAGUCCUGAACGAAGGAGCUAUAGAGGUGUAGCCAAGGCUCUUCGAGCAAGAAGAGAGGAAGAAAGAAACAAAGACGAUAGCGAUUCUGCUCUUUCGGAAGAGCAGUUCAAAUGUUGGGAGUACAUGUUGGAGCAAAACACCCAAUUAUUAUUCGAUAAAGAGUUGCAUACCUUGAAGAAGAAUGGAAAGAAAGCGCAGUUAGUCCCUAAGACAUCGCAAUUAUCGAGGAGUAAUCCACUUUUGACCGAAAACUCAAAUAGUAAUACAGGAGGUUUUUUAUCGAGGCAGUUUGGUAGUGCUCGAUCCUUCAACCCGUUAGUGUCAAAGUCUCCAUCUAGGUUUACUUUGGAUAAAAAGCUUCUGGGUGGACCACAUGCUGCCUACUUUGGCAGUUUGCAAAGACUCAUGCCUUAUAACUUAGAGUAUGAUUUUGCAGUUAUGCACGAAAGAGGCCUGGCUGAUUCCUUGGAUUUAGAUAGAAUGCAACAGUACUGGGGAGUUACUACUACAGAAUUAUGAAAUAUAAUUUCACAAAGAAAUAUACAGGGUUGCCAACGAAAACAUGAUACUUACAUUAUGAUGAUAAUAUCUCAUCAUAGAACAUUUCCAGAGUUUGUUGUUAUUCUUUAGAACUUUAUUAUAAGGGUAAUGAUGAUAAGAAUACUAUAUCUUUAUCUUUUAAAAUUAUUUCCUUGAUCAUUCGUUCUCAGAAAACAUACAUAUGUAUAUAGUCUUUUUUUUAGUGAUCCAACACUGGGAAAACAUACUCCACCCAUGGAAUAUUCAGAGGAUUUUGAGUAGGGAGUUUGAAUUCAAUAAGGGUUUACCCAAUUCCAUGUGAAAAAUAGUUUCAAUUGAUUAGUCCAACACGUUUAAAAAAUAUUGAUAUUUCAGAUGUAUCUGAGUUGUUAUGACAUGGAUAUGAGGACAAAUUCAAAAAAUUUUUUUGAAAAGUGAACAGACCUGUUUAAGCUUCCGUAAUUCGAUCUCAGUUGUUUCCAAAAGCGAGAAAUUAUCACAAAUAAAAUUUUAAGAUAAAUAUCAAACAGUUGGGGUACCUGAAUGAAAUUGAUAUUUUUCCAAUGAAAUAUCAGUAUGUUGUAUGUAUUCAAAUUUUUCGUAAAAGAAUAAUCCAUUGGUGAAGUUUAGCUACCGAGUAUCGAGUCACCUUGUAUUACUCUGGCAUUUCAUUUUAACAUUUAUUCACUCUAUAUACCUAUAACCUCAUGUAAAUAGGUUGAUGUAAACAAAAUCUUAGAUAAAAUUCAUAAUAAUUUAUUAAAUAAAUCGAGAAACAAUAUAAUAUACAUAAUAAAAAUAAUAAUAAAUUGA